AUGGUGGAAACUAUCGAGAAGUGGGCUAACCAAUAUGGAACUGAGGCAGGGUGCUUUGAAUUUUACAUGUUGGGCACAAGAUUGCUGGUGGUCUGCCGGGAAGAUCGUGCCAGAGAAAUCCUCGCGCUUAGGCCUUUCAAAGUCACUCGCAGUCCAGAGGUUCAAGAAGCAGUCUACAGCGUGGGCGGCAAAGGUGUCUUUGGUGCUGAAGGAGACCAAUGGAUACAGGAGAAAAAGCUGGUGUCCUCCAGUCUUAAUGAAAUCCACAUGCAGGACUAUGUGCCAGCCUUGAGAGAGUCUGCUAUUGCCCUGAUGCAGAAAUGGCGGGUUGACGCUAAGAAAAGGCCAGACAGUGUUGUUACAGUGAAACGAGAUAUGAGCCAUGCACUUGCUGACAGUGUUGCAAAACUGUUUAUGGGCCAUAAUAUGGAUUGUCUCAACAAUCAAAAGUCAGAUGUGGCUGCCAUGGUCUUUCAGCUCUUGAAGGCAGUAUUUCUACGAUUUGUCUCUCCGGUCAAAUACUGGCGUAUUCCUUUCAUUGGCCAAGAACUAGAUGGAUUUGGGCAGUAUCUCCGUAGGGGAAUGACAGUCAUUGAUCAAAUGAUAAUGGAGUUUGAAGAGGAGCGUGCUACCAACUCCAAGACCCAAUCAAAGACAUUUCUUUCUAAACUUUAUGAUGCCAUGGAAAAAGAAAAAUCAAAAUUGGACCAUGAGAGAAUUGUAGGAAACAUUGUCACCGCAUUUGCUGCAGGUAUUGACACUACCUCCUUGACAUUGCUAUCAGCUCUGUUCAUUCUUGCAACCAACAAGGAAAUGCAGGCCGAAUUGAGAGAACACAUCACAGACUUUGAUUUGGAGGCAGCUAAAAUUGAUGACUUCUACUCCAAAGCACCUUUGCUCAAGUCCUUUCUCCAUGAAGUCCAUCGGUACCAUUGUACUCCAAUCAUAACACUGCAGCCUACACAAGACAUCCCAUUUGGUGGUACAACAUUGCCCAAGGGUGCUAGAAUCAUGAUCUUUCUAAGUCACAUCAUGCUCCAGAAGGACUCACCUGCUGAUGGCGUUCCAGCUGGCCCUGAUGAUGCACCACCACAUGUGUUUUCUCAUCGCCGAUAUCUUGCGCCUGUCAAUGAGGACAGCACUGCCAGCAACAAGGAACAAAAGCGGCAGAGUGUUGACCCAUUGACCAAGGGAAUGUCAUUUCUCUCCUUUGGUCAUGGGGUUAGAUCCUGUCCUGGCAGGUCCUACACUGAAAUCUUUUCCUAUUCUUUUUUGAUCAAGAUGCUACAGACUUUUGAAUUUGAACUAGCACCAAACCACCCACUAGUAAAGAUAGUUGCUGACACUGUCAUGGCUCCAGACAAAGACAUCGAGCUCAAGUUGACACCACUCUCCAAUGAUGAGAUGUAG